AUGAUGCUUUCAUAUAAAAAAUUGAAUAAAAAAAAUGGAAAAUAUUUAAAAAAAGUAGAUAAGAAAAAUAAAAUUAAUAAUAAUAAAGUGAAAAAUAAAAAAGCAAUUGAUACUACAACUAUGAUUUAUCCCAAUUAUGUAAAAUUGUUUUUAAUACCUGAUGAAAGCAUAUUAAAUUUUGUAGACAAUUUCAUUGAAAAAUUAUUUAAUGAGGACACAUAUAUAAAUACAAUAGACAAAAUGAUAUCAAAGAAAAAAUGUAUCAUUAAAAAUUUAUUAGAAUCACAAAAAAAAUUUUUCGAAUCAAAAAUGCUAAUAAAUCCAAUAUUUAACUACAACAUAACCGAUGAAGAAGUAGAUAAUAUUUUUAAUAAAUGUAGUGGAGAUAAAAUUGAUUUUAACUUAUUUUAUGAAGCAAGAAGAAUAAUACAAAUAGUUAAAGAAAAAUUUAAAACAUAUGAUAAUUAUGAAAAAUCCACUUUUUGUAAUAAAUUAGUAACAAAAUAUGAAUUUAAAAAUUACAUAAUGAAAUAUUUGCAAAGCAGUGGAAUAAAAGACAAAGUUAAAAUAGAGUUUAAAGAAAAUACCUUAUCAGCAGUUCAAGUUUUUAAAAGAGGAAAUACUUAUUUCAUACAACUACAAAGUCAGGAUAUUCAAAAAAAAUUAAUGCAAUCUUUAUGUGAUCAUGAAAUUGGAACACAUUUAUUAAGAAUGAUUAAUCAUCAAAAUAAUAAUUUAGAAAAAUAUAAUAUUAAUUCAUGUCAUUCAACUGAAGAAGGUUUAGCUGUUAUUAAUUCAAUGUACACUUUAAGAAAAAAUUACUUAUUACUUGUUUCUCCUGCUUUAAAAUAUUUAACUGUUUGCUUAGGAAAUUUUUAUAGUUUUUCUAAAUUGUAUAUUUUUUUAAACGAUUUUAUAAAAGAUUCUGAUAAAUGCUUUAAAAUGUGCGCAAGAGUUAAAAGAGGAUUAAGAGAUACAUCCAUCCCAGGUAGCGUAUAUCAUGAUCAAUUAUAUUUUAUUGGUUCUUACAGCAUACUAAAAUGGUAUAAAAAUAUUAAUUUCCCUUUGUUAUAUUCUGGAAAUAUAGGAUUAAAACAUUUAAAUGAUAUUUCAAAUUAUGUUGAUACAACAAAAAACAUACUUCCAUCAUUUUUAUCCAAUAAAAAAAAACUAUGUAUCUAUAUGAAAUUUUUAGAAAAAGUUUCUUACAUAAAUGGUAUAACCCCUGAAAGAUGUAGUUUUAUCAAAAAAAAUUUAGGAAAUAAAUAA